AUGUCAGUGGCUGCCAGUUAUGCCUUAAGCAGGGUCGGCUGCCCCCAUUUCAUGGCCCCCGAAGUGAUAGAGAGACGGCAAUACGGUAAACCAGUCGACAUUUGGGCAGCGGGUAUCCUCCUGCACGUCAUUCUUUCCGGUACUCUUCCAUUCCACGGCAGCGGACGGAGGUUGAACGAGGCGUUGUGCAGAGGAAAAUUACAUUUAGAUUCAGCGCCUCAAUGGCAGUUCAUUAGUGAUAGCGCCAAAGAUUUAGUGCAACAAAUGUUGAACGUGGACCCAAAACAAAGGAUCACCAUACAGGAAAUUUUGAAUCAUCGAUGGCUGAGGGAUCGAGACAAGGGACUGCGGAUCCAUUUGGGUGACACCAUAGAGGAAUUGAAAAAGUUCAAUGCCCGAAGGAAAUUGAAAAGCUGCAUACUGGCGGCUGUCAACUCUUGCAAAUGGUAUCCCUAUGACGACACCAAUGCCGAUACCUUUUCGGAUUUCGGGGAUGAUGAGGUGUCCUCUUGCGCUGUUUCAACAAUCCUUGAUUCCCUAGAUGACAUAUACUGCCUUCAAGACGAAGCUCAACCUCAAGAAAAGGCACACCUUCUAGCCCUGUUGGAAGAUACACGCCUUCAUCUGUUCGACCGCAUCUCUAGUCGUAUGUCGACGCCGGUGCGUGCUCCAACAAUCGACGCCGUUCAGAGCGCUCGCGACGCCGCCGACGCAUUGCGCGAGCUCGAGCACCGUCGCGACGCUGAUCGCAGGGAGCUGCAGGAGCUGCGGGAUCUUUUGUGCCGGCCGCACUUCAAGCGCAACAUCUUCCGCCGCCUUUGCGUAGGUGGCGCCGCCGUCCCGACGCUCCUCUCCCGGAUCCUGACAGCGCGCAGUUCCCGCAGUCCGGCGUGCGGGCAAAGGCCCGGAAUCCGGAGUCUGCGACGCGCCCGGAUCUCUCGCCGGCUCUCGGUGGUGGCGUCUCGCGGCGGUCGAAAGGCGAACUAA